GGAGGGCUAACAUGGACUCUUUGGGUCUUUUUAUCCUUUUAUUGCUUCUGUGUGUCCAGUGGACAGCCGCCCCCGCUGCUGAGGAAAUUGCCUGGACAUACACUGGCUUGGUGGGUCAGUCUGAGUGGUCACAGUAUUUCCCUGACUGCGGUGGCACUUCUCAGUCCCCCGUCGAUGUCGUAACCACCCAGACUAAAUAUGACCCCAGUCUGAUCCCUCUGACCCCACUGGGCUACAGUCAGCACGGCUACAAGCCCUUCACUCUGUACAAUAACGGACACACAGUGGUGAUCGAGCUGCCUGACUGGAUGGGGCUGGAGGGGCUGCCCUGGCUCUUUACAGCUGUGCAAAUGCACCUCCACUGGGGCAGCGGCGGCCCGAGUCACAGGGGCAGCGAACACACCAUCAACGGACUGAGUGCAGAUGCAGAGCUACAUGUGGUGCACUACAACUCUGAGCUCUACCCCAAUAUGUCCGCAGCCAUGACACAGAGGGAUGGUUUGGCUGUUUUAGGAAUUCUAAUUGUGACAGGUGAGGAGACUAACCCGGCAUUUAACAAAAUCCUCAACUACCUGAGCCGCAUCAGACAUGCUGAUCAGAAGGCGUCCAUCCCAGCCUUUGAUAUCCAGUCGCUGCUCCCUAAGGAUCUGGGACGCUACUAUCGCUACAAUGGCUCCCUAACAACGCCGCCCUGCUACCAGAGUGUGAUCUGGACACUGUUUCACGAGAGGGUCCAAAUCUCAAAGGCACAGCUGCUAAAGAUGGAGACGAUACUUUACUCCAGUAAAGUUGAAGACCCAGACAGGAUGCUGCUGCAGGACAACUUCCGCACUACACAGCCGCUCAACCACAGGCUCAUCUUCACUUCCUUCACUGCAGAAUCAGGGAAGGAGCUCUCGUCUGGUGAAGUCACAGCCAUAGUAAUAGGAGUGAUGUGUGGCUGUGUAGGUCUGGCAGUAAUCAUUCGCUUCAUAGUGAAGACGAUACGAUUUUUUACAGUCCUCCACCGUGAAACAGUCGUGGUAAACAGCUCUACCUCUAGCUGGGACGUCCUACCCAGUAACCGGCCUGCUCCCAUGCAAAGGAUGAAGCAGCCAGAGAAAGCAAAAGAGAAAAAACAAGACAUGGCUCUGAAAUCGACGUCUGAAGGAGAAAAGAAAGAAGAACCCUCACCGUCUCCUCAAAGUGAGCCCUAGCUGACACUUGCAAACACAUAUUCAGUGAUGUUGGCAGUCUUGGUAUCAGACAUUUUUUUAAAUUUUAUUUUGCACGUGACGCACUUGGUUUAAAUAUGUCAGUUUGCUGGCUCUGAGUCGUAUGUUUGCUCUCGCAAUGCUUGGGAAGCACAAUUGGUUCAUGUAAAUACUUUGUAAAAAAAUAUGUUUUGUUCUUUUCUUGUUCCACAUUUGGCUGUCAUUUCAUCUUGUUCAUCCUGCCUUGAAACACAAGCACACUGCACUGUAUUAAAUAUAAUAGACUUGUGAAUUGUUUACCUGUGAAUUCAAACUCAGUGUAAUACCAUUAUUUUCUUUUGCCCCAGGACUUUAGCAUUGACACUUGGAGUUGGACAGUUUGGUAUUAAGGUCCUAUUAAAUGAAUUAAAGAUCUAUGAUGUAUGAACUGAUGCUGUCCAAACAUUAUGGCUCUGAACUUAAAGUAGCACAUUGUGUUGUAAAUGGAUGAGUUAUAUUUAUAUACCUAUGUUCAUUCUAUUAGAAGAAAAUGUAUUUGGUGCCAUAUAUCAUCUUUGUCUGAUUGAUUUUUUUGCUGUAUAUAACUCGUC